AUGGGCUGCAACAUUUGUCGGCCUGGGAAAAGCGCCAGCAACCUGGAGAUUGACAAGCAGCUGAAGUCAGACAAGCUGUUGCAGGCGAAAACGAUUAAGAUCUUGCUGCUUGGCACCGCCGAUUCCGGGAAAUCGACGAUCGUAAAGCAGAUGAAAUAUAUGUACAUUGCCAAAACCGACCCCAACGAUCUACACCUCUACACGAUACAAGUCUUACAAAAUCUAAGGAUUAUAUUUCAUGAGCUUGCCAAAGCUAUUCUCGAUUUGUAUAGACCAAGCCAGGGAUCGAAGGAUAUUUUUGAUCGAUUUGCCACAAUGGAACCCCAGGAUACUGAGGUUAAUUGGGCCGAUGAAAGGGAGCAGAUGGAAGAAUUUUCUAAGCUCACUGACGUGACGGAUUUUAUGGAAAAGCAUAAAUUCUAUCGAACAUUGCCGGACAAUGCUUCCUACUUUUGGAAUCGUGUUCCGGAGGUUCUGAAGCCGGAUUUUGUGGCCAGCGACCAGGAUACCGUACACCUGAGAAUACCGACGUACGGGAUUCACGAGAUCAAGUUCAAGUUCAAACAUGGGACGAUCAGAUUGAUCGACGUCGGUGGUCAACGUGCAGAACGGCGAAAAUGGAUCCACUGCUUCGAAGGGGUAACCGCCGUGAUGUUCGUGGCAAGUAUGGCCAGCUACGAUCAGCUUCUCGAUGAGUCUCCGGAUACGAAUCGAAUGGCUGAAGCUUUGAAGUUGUUCUACGAAGUAUUCCGCAACCGUUGGCUUGCGGCCUCUGGAUUUUUGCUAUUUUUGAACAAGUUCGACCUCUUUGACGGGAAAAUAGCAUUUUCACCUAUAUCCGCGUUUUACCCGGAGUAUACAGGAGGCCGUAACGUCCAUAAAGCAGCCGACUUUAUCCAUGACUUAUUUACAGAUAAAUUGGCAAAAGACGACAUGGAACGGCGCGGCUUCCACGCCCACUUCACCUCAGCUGUGGACCCGGAAAAUAUUGGAUUUGUAUUUAAUGGAUCCGUUGACAUUAUUAUGAAUAGUAAUUUGUAUGGCACCGGAAUGAUG